AUGGCGUUCCACUUCCUCCAGAGCGGGCCUCUUGUGACCAGCCUUCUGUGCGUUGCCGCGUACCUGGCAAUGCAGGUCGUUCUUGCGACGCGCACCAAACCAUACCCUCCUGGACCGCGCGGCCGGCCUGUCAUACGCAACUUGUUGCAGAUCCCGCAGGACAAGCCAUGGCUCGUAUACGCCGCCUGGGCGCACACAUACGGCGAUGUCAUUCACCUUGAAGCCUUCAACUAUCACCUCGUAAUCCUAAACAGCGCCCAGGCAGCUAAAGAGCUCCUUGACGGCCGGUCGGCUAUAUACUCCGACCGCCCAGCCUCGCUGAGUAUGGCAUCGUAUGGCGACGAAUGGCGGAAACAACGCAGGGUUGUGGCCCACGCGCUCAGUUCGGCCAUGUUGUCGCGCUACUACUCGAUUCAAGAAGACGAAGCCCGCAGGCUGGUGCAAGGCCUCCUUCGGAACCCUGACACAGUGGUUAGCCAGACAAAGACACGAAUCGCUGCAAUCAUCAUGCGCGUCAUAUAUGGCUACACCGUCGAAGGCGAAGACGACCGGAUGAUCACGAUGCAGUUCGAGGCCAUGGACAACUUCACCUACGCGAGCGAGCCGGGUGUAUGGAUAGUAGACUUCAUUCCACAGUUGCAAUACUUGCCGCGCUGGAUGCCGGGGGCGUCGUUCUUGCGCACUGCGCAAGCCUUCAAGGAGCUAGAACCGACGCAGCUCGAAUGCCGACCAUCGCAGCAAGCGGGCACCGCAGAACCAUGCCUCGUUGUGUCAGCACUGGAACAAUGCGAAGGUCGAAUGAGUGAUGAAGAUGAGCCUGGGUGCAACCUCCGCUCGCGGGGGUGGAUAGACACGAACAUGUCCGCCAUAUUCUCCUUUCUGCUCCUCAUGAUACUUCAUCCGGAUGUGGUGGGCACUGAGCGACUUCCGUCGAUGAAGGACAGGCCGUCGCUUCCGUAUCUGAGGAGCGUGAUAACGGAAGUGUAUCGCUGCUACGGGCCCGUCGCCCCACAAGGCCUGCCCCAUUCCCUGCGUCAGGAUGAUGUGUACAAAGACUAUCUGUUGCCCAAGACAUCCAUCCUGAUCCCCAAUGUCUGGCGCAUGCUGCACGACCCCGACGUGUUCCAGCAGCCGGACGAGUUCAGACCCGAGCGCUUCGCGAACAGCGACACCGAGAUGCGCAAGGUGACCGACCUCAGCCUCUUCGGCUUCGGCCGCCGGGCGUGCCCGGGGUCACAGUUCGCGGAAGGCUCCGUCUUUGCGAUCGCCGCGACCGUGCUCGCGACGUGCGACGUCGUGCCCAAGGUCGACGAACGGGGGGACCCGAUCAUUCCCGACAUGGAGUAUACGAGCGGGUUCGUUACGGUAACGUUCCCGAAGCGGAUCGUGUGCGACUUCAGGCCGAGAUCUGGGAAAGUGAGGGAGAUGCUCGAGGAGUACGUUUCGCGGGGCGAGUAA